AUGUGCUGCACCGUGUUCUGUGAUUGGUUUAUUUGGACCAGAGGAAGCGAACCCCUCAUUUACGACUGGAACAGGAAGCAGAGAGUUAGCCCGACCUCGGCGGUGCUGCUCCGACACGAGAUAGUCACGAAUGAAAAGGAGAGGACUGUUUAUUGGCUUCUCUUCUUCACCUCUUUUUCUCCUCUUCUUCUCUUCUUCUCUGCUUACCCUCUUCUUCACCUCUUUUUCUCUGCGUCUCCUCUGCUUCUCCUCUUCUUCACCUCUUCUUCACCUCUGCUUCUCUUCUUCUUCACCUCUUCUUCACUUCUUUUUCUCCUCUUCUUCUCUUCUUCACCUCUUCUUCACCUCGUUUUCUCCCCUUUUCACCUCUUCUUCUCCUCUAUUUUUCCUCUUCUUCUCUUCUUCUCUGCUUCUCCUCUUCUUCACCUCGUUUUCUCCCCUUUUUUCUCCUCUGCUUCUCCUCUUCUCUUCUUCUCUGCUUCUCCUCUUCUUCACCUCUUCUUCACCUCGUUUUCUCCCCUUUUUCUCCUCUGCUUCUCCUCUUCUUCACCUCUUCCUCUCCCCUGGUCAGAUGAAGUUGAUAGUUCCCUCUGCGUUCAGGUCGCCAUCAAGUCGAUCCGAAAAGACAAGAUCAAAGACGAGCAGGACAUGGUUCACAUCCGGCGAGAGAUCGAGAUCAUGUCGUCGCUGCGUCACCCUCACAUCAUCUCCAUCUAUGAAGUGUUUGAAAACAAGGAUAAGAUAGUAAUCGUGAUGGAGUAUGCGAGUAAAGGAGAGCUGUACGAUUACAUCAGCGAGCGCCGCCGUCUGAGCGAGAGAGAGACUCGACACUUCUUCAGACAAAUCGUCUCCGCUGUGCACCACUGCCACAAGAAUGGAGUGGUGCACAGAGACCUGAAACUGGAAAAUGUGCUGCUAGAUGAAAACUGUAAUAUCAAGAUUGCUGAUUUCGGUCUUUCCAACCUGUACCACAAAGACAAGCUGCUGCAGACGUUCUGUGGCAGCCCGCUGUACGCCUCACCAGAGAUUGUGAAUGGACGACCGUAUCGAGGCCCAGAGGUGGACAGCUGGGCUCUGGGGGUGCUGCUGUACACUUUGGUCUACGGGACGAUGCCGUUUGACGGAGGAGACCACAAGAACCUCAUUCGCCAGAUCAGCAACGGAGAGUACAAGGAACCCACUCAGUCAUCAGACGCCCGUGGGCUGAUUCGCUGGAUGCUGAUGGUGAACCCUGAGCGUAGGGCCACAGUGGAGGACAUCGCCAACCACUGGUGGGUGAACUGGGGCUGGAAGAACUCUGUCUGCGACUGUGACACCCAGCGAGACCACGGAGGCUCCCCUAUGCUCGCACGCUUCAUCGACUGGCAAAACCGCACUGAACCCAGGCCCUCUCCCCCCAAAGCCUCCUCCGCCGUCCGCCAACGCCCCAAGAAAUCCAAGAAAGAAAACGUAGAAACAGGGCAGUCUCAGGACGGAGCAGAAGAUAAACCAGGUCUGAAACGGCCAAAGGGAAUCCUGAAGACGAGGGUGAUGGAAGAGCAGCAAAGUGUACAUCCAGAUGAUUUUGAGUUGAGUCAGACUUCUCUGCCGCAACAAGCAGAAGGAGGGGAAGACGGUUCAAGUCUGGAUAAAGAUGACGAAGAACCAACGCUAGGAGGAGGCUCGCCGGCUAAAAUGGUGCCCUCAAUGCCAAAAAAAGGCAUUUUAAAGAAUAACCAACAACGGGAAUCAGGGUACUACUCAUCCCCAGAGCGCAGUGAGUCCUCGGAGCUGCUCGGAGGCGCCAGUAUGUCCGUAAUGGCCACAUCUCCACCCAGACGAGCCAUGGGGCGGAAGGGGAUCUUGAAGCGCAACGGGAAGUAUUCGACGAACAGCGGAUUACCAUCGGGGGCAGCUGCGGCAGGCCUGGGAGAUCAAGCUACUUCCACUGACGCAGGAUUGUCUCGGAGUCAGAGUCGGCCUUCUAGUAUCGUCGGAGAGGACAGCUCGGUUCUCUCGCUGUCUCCAACCUCUAUGGGCGGGAAGGAGUGGCAUUCGUCAACCCCUCACUGCCAUUCUAACAUCCGGGCGUGCGUGUCGGCGGAGAAUCUGCUCCAACUCGCCAAUUUCAAAGGUUUCCAGGCCGCGCCGCCGCUACAGGGUCCCAAGAUCAGCCGAAGUGCCAAGACCAAAGGCUCAUCCAGGGACAACGGCAGCUUCUCCUUGCUGGGAGACCUGGAGGAUAUGACUCAGGUUUAUCAGCAAGCCCUGGACAUCAGCAACAACCUCACUUAG